GGACAGAUCGGAUCACUCAAAAAUCACUACCUAUUCAGACAUAAAAGCCAUCCAAGACGGUCUCGAAGAAGUGCCAUUCAUAUCACUAAAAGACUUUCUGAUGAUGAGCGGGUGUCGUGGGCAGAGCAGCAAUAUGAAAAGAAACGAACUAAGCGUGCCACCGUGAGAGACUCGGCAGAAAAUCUUUUCAAUGACCCUAUGUGGAAUCAGCAGUGGUAUCUGCAAGAUACAAGAGUAACUCCAACCCUGCCCAAACUGGAUCUCCACGUUAUUCCUGUAUGGCAGAAAGGGAUUACAGGCAAGGGGGUGGUCAUCACCGUACUAGACGAUGGCUUGGAGUGGAAUCACACUGACAUCUACACUAACUAUGAUCCAAAGGCGAGUUAUGAUUUCAAUGACAACGACCAUGAUCCAUUUCCUAGAUACGACCCGACAAACGAAAACAAGCAUGGGACACGGUGUGCAGGAGAAAUUGCCAUGCAAGCCAACAACAGAAAAUGUGGAGUUGGAGUAGCCUACAAUUCCAAAGUUGGAGGUAUACGAAUGCUGGACGGAAUAGUCACUGAUGCUAUUGAAGCCAGUUCAAUCGGUUUCAAUCCGGAACACGUGGAUAUUUACAGCGCAAGCUGGGGCCCUAAUGAUGACGGUAAAACCGUGGAGGGACCUGGGAGACUGGCACAGAAGGCUUUUGAGUAUGGGAUAAAACAGGGCCGGAAUGGGAAAGGCUCCAUUUUCGUCUGGGCUUCUGGGAACGGAGGCCGUCAGGGAGACAACUGCGACUGUGACGGUUACACUGAUAGUAUCUACACUAUCUCCAUUAGCAGUGCUUCUCAGCAAGGCCUUUCUCCCUGGUAUGCAGAGAAGUGCUCUUCAACUCUGGCCACCGCAUACAGCAGUGGGGAUUAUACUGACCAAAGAAUUACAAGUGCUGAUCUUCACAACGAAUGCACCGAGACUCACACUGGGACCUCUGCGUCUGCACCACUGGCAGCAGGAAUUUUUGCCCUAGCCCUGGAAGCAAACCCAAAUCUAACCUGGAGGGAUAUGCAGCACUUGGUGGUGUGGACCUCAGAAUACGAUCCACUGGCUGGAAAUCCAGGAUGGAAAAAGAACGGAGCGGGACUGAUGGUCAACAGCAGAUUUGGGUUUGGGCUCCUCAAUGCCAACGCGCUGGUAGAUUUAGCUGAUCCCAAGAGAUGGAAAGGGGUACCAGAAAAGAGAGAGUGUAUUGUCAAAGACAAGAGCUUUGAACCAAGAUUAUUAAGAGCCAAUGAGGAAGUCAUCAUUGAAAUUCCCACAAAAGCCUGCGAGGGUCAAGAAAACUCCAUUGCAUCUCUGGAACACGUGCAGCUUGAGGCAACGAUUGAGUAUUCCCGUAGAGGUGAUCUCCACGUCACUCUGGCAUCUCCAUCAGGGACCAGCACUGUCUUACUGGCUGAGAGAGAGAGAGAUAAAUCUCCCAAUGGCUUUAAGAACUGGGACUUCAUGUCUGUUCACACCUGGGGAGAGAACCCAACAGGCACCUGGGUUCUAAGAAUUACUGACGUGUCCAGAAGAAUACAAAAUGAAGGAAGGAUUGUAAACUGGAAAUUGAUUUUGCAUGGCACUGCUACCCAGCCCGAACAUAUGAAGCAGCCACGUGUGUACACAUCCUACAAUGCUGUGCAAAACGACAGGAGAGGAGUGGAGAAGAUGACGGACUCUGUAGAGGACCACACCACACAGGAGAACCUGCGUGAAAAGCCUAAAGUCACAGAAGAUCCCAGUAGCAGCAGUGAGAAAGCAGAAGAUAAAAUCCCAUCAGAGGCUAUGCUACAUUUGCUGCAGAGCGCUUUUAGCAGACAGAUGGCUCAGAAACGACUGCCAAAGAAGACGGCGAGUGAGAAGUUAAAUAUUCCGUAUGAACACUUCUAUCAAGCCCUCGAAAAAUUAAACAAGCCCUCCCAGUUGAGAGACUCAGAAGAAAGUCUGUACAGUGACUACGUUGAUCUUUUUUACAAUGCCAAACCAUACAAGCAUAGAGAUGACAGACUGCUGCAAGCCUUGGUUGAUAUUAUAAAUGAAGGAAACUAAACUUAUAGGGCAUGGCACUGAGUUGGAAAUGUUCAUUCUUCCCACCCCACCUGUAGGUUGUUUUUUUGGUUUUUUUUCUCAGAAGUCUGUUGUACGCUCUAGUUGUGUGAUUGCUGCUUUGAUUGCUUCAUAUUUAAUACAAAUAUCAAGGAAGGGGAAAAAAACAGGUGUGGGAGGAUAAGGCAGUAAACUGAUGCUUUUUAGUAAUAGCUUUUUUCAAAGCCUUUCUUCAUUACCAUCAGAGUAGAUUUGCACCCUCAGGCAUGAAAUGCAAUAGUAUUCCCCUGAAAAACCUAAUGCUCUAUUUUAAACAAUUUUCACUUUACUUAUUCUACCCCCCUAUUAAUUUAGCCUGCAGCAGGACUCAAAACCUGGAUUACCAAGCGGUUUUGAACCAAACUGCCAAAGCUUUUGGGGAGAUACUCUCAUCCCCGGCUUUGUAAGGAAUGCUGCACCCUUUCCUGCAUUUGGCGUUCAUUCCAGAAGUAACACAGCCAGUUCUGCUUCAUCACAGGCUGUUUGUUCCCUCUCCAGACAACAACGCUCCCUUACCCUCCUGUUCUCCCGCAGAGGAGCAGCUGGGAGGGGGCCGGGGUUGGGUUGGAGCCUCAGUGAACACUGAGGAAGUUACUCACAGUUUAGACAACGGACAGACGUACGUCAACAUAAAAGAGCCCCAGACGAGGCAUCCCACACCGUGGGGUGGCAUUCUCGCCCCCUGACUUUACCUAAGUGAAGUGCCUGAAUUUUAAGCCUAGUCUUUCUGGGCUACAGGGAGUUAAUGAAGACAGAGGCUCCUAUAGGUAGAGCUUUGGAACCUCUGUCUUAAUACCGGGUCUGAAUUACCUAUAGAGCCUCAGUUAAAUUUCUAAAGUUGAGUAAUACAGACUCCUUCUGAGAUGCCUAGGUCCACAGCAGUCAGGACAACAAAGCUGGGAUCGCUUUGUCCUUUCCUUGAACUGUGACCAAAGUGGAAUGGAAAGGAUGUCUCUACCAGCAAAGGCCGCUUAAAGACUGGAUCUUGGAGUGUCUGUGGUAGGUUGGAGCAUUUCCCAAAUGUCUGGGAAGUCAAGGCAAAAUGGAUGGGGAGAGGUGCGAGAUUAAACAAAUACCCUGAGCAGGGACUCGGAGGGGAAAAGCGCAUGGAAUGUGGAGGAGGGAGAGGAAUAGAAGGCAGGAGGAGGAGGUGGAAGAGGAGGAAACAGGUGGCUGUCAGAAAGCAGCAGGGCGGGCGGCUCUCUAAUGUUAGCGGUGUGCCAGACAAACGGUUUUCCACACAUACCUCUUUAAAGUCAGAGUCAAGAUUGACAUAUUAUUUUGUAAUUAAAAAAAAAAACAAACAAAAACACAACAAAACCAAACAAAAAAACAACUGCAGUGUUUGCUCAGAAAUUAAAGGGGAUCUAGAACAAGGAAAUGAAGAUUCCCAGGGGAUAAUUACUUCACUGCAGUGCUAAAGAUAAUCCAAACAAGUGCUGACUGAUUUCUACUUUUCUUUCUCAUCUACUGUUGAAAUGUGUUUUCCAGACACUGUAGAAAUGUUUGAUUCUCCUUCACUGUCUAUCCCUUAAAAUGAUGCAAGUGGCUGUAAGACAGGUAUUUAACAUUUUGCUCAUAAUUCAUCAGUUCGGAGAGAGGUUUUUCAAACUUCACACUAAAUUCUGUGAUUUAAAGGUAAAUCUGUUUACUGUAACAGUACUUAAGUCUUCUGUGGAAAAAGGGACUGCUCUAAAGACAACUUUGAAAAUUGUCUUACCAAACUUAAGAUUUAAAAUUCUCUGCUUAUUCAUUCUUUGUGAUGGUUUCAUGCCUAUCUUGGGCUUAGUCUGCUUUUUUUGCCAGCUUUAGAUAGAUUGAGCUUAGAUGAUUUGAAGAAUUCUUCUGUAUUUCUAGUCCGUACUUCAAAGAUAACAGCUCCACCAUUGAAUGUCUCUUACACUGAGUUGCUCCCUCUCUACUAAGAAAUUUGCUUAGAAGGAGAAGUGGUUGCAAGUGGUCUGAACCAGAAAGCUUUCUUGUGCUGUCCCGUCACCACCCAGGCUUUCUGGCAGUACGUGACCACUAAUCAAGCAAAACGUAAAAAAUUUCUAAUUGCUGCUGUCGCAGAGUGAGAGCACUAACUUAUUUCCACUAAUGUUUAAUUUUCAGAACUGGGAGUUAAUCCCCAUGAUAAAUAUUCCCACCUGGAGAGGUAGGACCACUUUUAGUCCUGCGCAGUGAAGCUCAGAGGCUGGUUCCCUCGGAUAACGGCGAGUUUAGCCAGUCCUCAUUCAGGUGUGUUACAGCGAGGAAAGUACUAGCAACACUCAGUCAGCCCUUGAAGGAAGCUUUCAGGUUUAAUGGGUGGAAAACAUAGGACCCUCCUUUGUUUUAAGAUCAGUUCCCAUGUUGUAGCCAAAGUUCCAUCAGAGGAGAAGUUUAAGAUCUCUCUUUUGAAUGUUUCCAACCCAGAGUAGAUUGUACAGGAGUAAAUUAUUUUUAUUGUUAGUCUUUCCUUGGUGCCUGUGUGGGUUUUGUGAAAAAUGUAAAAGGAAAAAAAAAAAAAAAAGUUUUCUCUCAGAAUUUUAAAUUAUAUUUUCGUUACAGGUAUUUAUAAUAUAGCAAAGAUUUUAUUGAACCGACAGAAUUUUAAAAGGCAUAAUAAAUUAUAUUAAAGAACCAGAUUUUUCUUGGGAAAGAGACAAUUUCAUCCAAUAAAGGUAUUUUUUAAACGGCAUGUUCCAACAGCAACCGCAACAUGUAUGUGAUGUGAUGUUAAAAUUUGUCUACUAGUAGCAUAAUACAGUGUGUUAGCAGA